GGCACUGCAUAAAAUGGGAACUCACAUGGCACAAAAAACUUGGGAAAUCGAAAAUAAAAUUGAGUUGUUAAACAAUGUUGAUGAAAUAUAUAAAUAUGACAAAAAACAACAACAAGAUAUUUUAGUUGCCAAGCCUUGGGAGAAAGACCCACAUUAUUUUAAAGAUAUUAAAAUAUCUGCUUUAUCGUUAUUAAAGAUGGUUAUGCAUGCAAGAUCAGGUGGAUCUAUUGAAAUAAUGGGAUUAAUGCAGGGCAAAGUAGAUGGUUACACAAUGAUAGUAAUGGAUAGCUUUGCAUUACCAGUUGAAGGAACUGAAACACGAGUUAAUGCACAAGCUCAAGCUUAUGAAUAUAUGGCAGCAUAUAAUGAAAGCUCUAAGCAAGUAGGGAGAUUGGAAAAUGUAAUAGGUUGGUAUCAUAGUCACCCAGGGUAUGGAUGCUGGUUAAGUGGUAUUGAUGUUUCAACCCAAAUGCUAAAUCAACAGUUCCAAGAACCCUUUGUAGCUAUUGUUAUAGAUCCUGUGAGGACUAUAACAGCUGGCAAAGUAAAUAUUGGGGCAUUUAGGACCUAUCCAAAGGGUUACAAAGCUCCUAAUGAAAGUCCGUCAGAGUAUCAGACCAUUCCACUUAACAAGAUAGAAGAUUUCGGUGUCCACUGCAAAUCGUAUUAUUCUUUGGACAUUACUUAUUUUAAAUCGAAUCUCGAUACUCGUUUGCUGGAAUCAUUGUGGAAUAAAUAUUGGAUUAACACUCUCACAAGUUCAAAUCUACUUAAAGACAAGCAAGAGGAAUAUAUAACGGGUCAGAUCCGGGACCUAACAGAUAAAUUAGAACAAUGCCAAAAUAACGCUAAUAGAUUAGGCAUGCCUGCCGGUAGCUCAUCGUCUCUCACUUCGACUGGCAACACUGCCGAUGCCAUGAAGUUCCAAGAAAAGCUCUCUAAAGUGACCAAAGAUGGCUGCAAGUCUGUCACCGAAACCAUACUAGCCCUCACUUCCCUUAUUAUUAAAGACAAACUCUUCAACGUAGACUUGAAUGCCAUCGAUCAAAAUUCGCAGCUACCAUUGAGUGAAAUAGAUUCUAUCGAUUGCGUCGAUGCCGCAAUUGCAAAUUAAUUUUGAUAUAAUUUUUGUAAAAAUCUCCAAAUGUAUAUAUUCAAAUUUGUUUCCAGAUUAUAUUUAUCUCUUAUGUCCCCAUUUGUG